GAUUUCUUCAAUCAGUUGCGAAUUUACGACGGUUAAAUUUUAGAACCAAAUUAAACCCUGGGCUUAAAAAAUGCAUGCGCAAAAAACGAAUUAAAUAUUUUUUUUUAAAUUCUCGAUCUGCAAAUUUCUGAGCUCCGAUCCUUCGUCAAUGGCCGCUCCUUUCUUUUCAACGCCUUUUCAACCUUUUGUUUAUCAGAGCCCACAAGAUGCUGUGACACCUUUUCAGAUCUUGGGUGGGGAAGCUCAAAUAGUUCAGAUAAUGUUGAAACCACAAGAAAAGAUUAUAGCAAAGCCUGGCUCGAUGUGCUACAUGUCUGGGUCUGUACAAAUGGAAAAUGUUUAUGUGCCUGAAAAUGAAGCGGGUGUACUGCAGUGGCUUCUUGGAAAGAGUGUUACUAGCAUAGUUCUUCAUAAUACUGGUUCAACUGAUGGGUUUGUGGGAAUCGCUGCACCUACUCUAGCCAGAAUUCUCCCGAUUGAUUUGGCACUAUUUGGUGGUGAUAUGCUGUGCCAGCCGGAUGCAUUUCUUUGCUCAAUUAAUGAUGUCAAAGUCAAUAAUACACUCGAUCAGAGGGCACGCAAUGUCAUUACCACAGCUGAGGGAUUUUUGAGGCAGAAAAUAUCUGGUCAAGGGCUUGCAUUUAUAGUUGGCGGUGGUUCUGUUGUGCAGAAAAAUCUCGAGGUGGGUGAAGUACUAGCGGUUGAUGUCGCUAGCAUAGUUGCAGUGUCGGCAUCAGUAAAUGUACAAAUCAAGUAUAACGGUCCUAUGAGAAGGGUGGUUUUUGGGGGUGACAAUAUGGUCACUGCAGUUGUAACUGGUCCUGGCAUUGUCUUCAUCCAGAGCAUGCCCUUUCAACGGCUUUCUCAGCGUAUUGCUCGGGCCGUAACAUCUCCGAACAUGAGGGACAAUCCCAAGUUCUUCUUCCAGAUAGCCAUCUUUUUCUUUCUAGCAUAUGUUGUCGUUGUAUCCUCUCUAAUCUUGACCGACAUAUGAUUUUCACUUCACGGAUUUCUCUCUUUAGGUUAUGUGUUAUUUAUUAUAAAUUAAAGAUCUAUGGAAUAGAGAUUUAUAGGGUGGUUUUUUUGGCUUUUCUUUUUGUUUUUUGGGCGGAGGUUUGGAUGGAGUUGUGUAUGAAUGAUGAUGGAAAAUGUAAAGAGCAUUACAUGUAAUUUAACUAUAUUUAGUGUUGUCCCCCAAAGCCUA